AUGACUGCCCGCCUGUGCGACGUGGCUUUGACAGGCAUUUGGAAUGCUGAUGUCGAAGGCAGGCAUUAUGUUGAUUUAGAUUUUACUCUUCGUAUGACGUCCGGAGAUGAUGAUGCCGUACUUCCAGUACUUGAUAUAGGGCCCAACACUGUGGUUAACAUCCUUGGCCAAGAUGUAUUCAAACUCAAACAUGACCCAAGCCAGACUCCCGAUCCUGAACUGGAUACAGAGCCAUACGACGACGAAACAGAAAAUGAAGAAUUCUCUGCAGAGGAAAUAGGAAGACAGGAUGAUGACGUCAGUAUAGAUAUUGAAGCUACCUCUCGGAAGUUGGUCACACGGGACAUGAGAAUAUCACCAUCUCCGGUCAAACAGCGACUGUUCCCCCCAAGUCCCGACACCGGUGAAGAUAUAGAUGAGGGUGAGAAUAGCGAUGACAGUUUUAGAGAUGACGAGGAUAACAAUAGCAGCGGAAGCAGUACUAAGGUGAUGGGUAUUACAAAUGAUGAUAAUGGGAUAUUUGAUAUCCCAGAGCAUAAGGGCGAGCCACAGGACCAAAACAGUGCUGAUGGAGCGGAAGAAUCCCCUAUUAUUACGGGAGUUUUGCAAUCUCAAGGCGGUCUUCCAGAUUUUGGCCAUGGCUCCCAGAAGGAUAUUGUGGGCCUUGAUGAUACUGAUGAUAAGGAAAACGAGGUUCCAAAAGGCGAUGUUGGGCCUGAACGAGUAAGCACUCGAGUGCCCCUGGGCGAGAUCAUUCCCAAACGUGAUUCUACCACGGUCCUCAUCUCCACUCCUAGCCCAAGCAUUGAAGUGCCCGUUAUAGUCAACCAUGGGAAUUCCACCCCACUACCACAGCUCCCCAGUGAUUCCGUCGUUGUUACUAAAAGAACAUCAAGAUCAAGCCCACAAAAGGGCUCUGUGAGUAGGAUACCAGUCAAAAAGAUAUACAAAGUUGAAUCACACGAGUCAGAUCACGGUCCGAUAAGCGUUGUUGGCCCCCAGGAUGAUGUUCAUUCUCCAGAGUUUAUGCACAAGAGAAACUCACCUAUUGCACGGAUGGCUAUAAUGGCUCGUGCAUUAUCAAACCCUAGCCCUCCAGCCGUAGAUAUGGACAAUGAUCAAGUUGAUACCCACGUCAAUGACGAGCAGCCUACCCGUUGGUCUACCUCACAGUCAGAAACAAGUACACCGACGAAGCUGCGGUUGCCCAGAAGUACUUCAGACAAUGGACUAAGCAUGCUUGACAGUCAUGGCACAUGUGCAGCUGAAGGGCCUGACAUGGAAGACGAAGCAAUCCAACCGGUUGAUGAAAGCCAAGUUUCGGAACCUUUGAUAUCGUUUGAUGAAGAGAGCGAAAAUGGAGAUAUUGGCGAGAAGUCACACCUAGCACCCUCUAGGGAUGAGAUAUACAUCACUCCUGAAAACUCUGAAGAGCCAGAAAUGGAGAAUUUCGAAAUUGAUGACUUUUAUGGAGAUGAUGCCGAUAUUUCUGGGUCUGAGGGUAACUAUUCAAACGAAGGCCAGGAAAAGAGCAUAGAUCUCCCAAGUCCAUCGACAGCUUCACAGAGAAGCAUGAUGUGGCACUAUCCUGGAGCUAUGCUCGAAUUCAUGGGCGAAUACCCAACCCUGGAAACAGCUGGUGACAUGCUGGUUGUGCGAAUGACCCCCAAUGUUGCGCAAACCAAUCUCUCCCUUAUUGCAACAAUACGAAUUACCCUGACAGGGUCUUUGGAGGAUGAUUCGGAAGAGUUCAAGUCAUCUCUUCCGGACACUGAUGGUCACAUUAGUAUCCCAUGGGAGCUAAAGUUAAAGCCACCACAAGUUGAUGGGUGGGUAUUGAAGUUAUCCAUGAUGUUACCAUUUUCCACAACAGAUGAAGAAUAUGAUAGCUACAUGCCAGAGUUGCAGCCUUUGGCCGGGGAAGAGGAACUUGAAGAGGAAAAAAGGCCUGAGACGAAGCCGGAGGUGGAGUUAAACCCCGACUCCGAGCCGGAGGCAUCAGUGGAGGAGACUGAUUUUGGCUACUGCCCAUGCUGCUCAUACCACCGUGAAAAUUCACCGUUGGUAAACACAGGCCGUCUCAUGGCGAUGGCGGGCAGUGUUUCCUAUAAAUUAAGCAUUGGAUCUCACGUUGCACAGGCCCUUCUUCACAACCUCCGAUCUUAUUUUGACUUGACCAAGCCAUUUAAAAAGGCAGGACAUGCUUUCGGAGCUAUGCUGCGUAACUUAUGUGGGGAAGAGGGCCUGGUACGCUUUAUUGCAAAGUGUAUAAGACUCGCAUUACUCGUAGGCACUGUGUCCUUUUUCACUGGGAUUGGGUUCAGAGUUGCAAGCUGGUCCCCGUAUUCGUGGCAGAAUAUGGUCGUGGGUUCACAGCCUGGUGUUAUUUGUCCGGUGCCUCAGAAGGAAGACCCAUCGGUUUGCUGCGGGAGGGACCUCUCGCUCUGCCCUGGCGCAGCUGGAGGCGUAAGGCUUGGGGAAUCGGUUGAUAUCGCCGGAAAAGAGGUGACCGAUGGGAAGUCAACGUUGACGGCAACAUGGGCCGUGCCUACAGUGGGCCGUGGGGAAGGAGACGAAGCCGGAGGGGCAAUACCGACAACCCUGGAACCCACGGAAAACGGCUCCUCGCUGACCGUGGGUACGGCACCUAUCCGUGCGCUUCCUGGUGCAGAUGGGCCAGCGAGCGGCCUUGAUGGAGCGGAUGCGGCAGAUGAAGGGGGAAAUAUCGGCAGUGGCAAGACGGAUAAGGCUAACGACGCACGAAAGGCGACCUUUAGGGACAGGGUAGACUGGGCCCUUGGCUGGCGAGGGCCGCUGUUUGACUGA